CGAGGAUUGUUUGACCAUUCAUCACACAAUUCAAGCUCAAAAGUAAAAGAAAGGAAGCUACAAGGGACUUGUCCUCCCAUUGGUCAUGGAAACUAUGGAAAACCAUGUUUGAGUGAAAGCAGUCAUAGGUCCCCAUUUUUUAAUCCCCGCAAUGGUUUUCACACAAUACAUUCAGAUCACAGUCCUGUGAAGCCAAGGAUUAUUACAGUGGUGAAACCUGGUGGGCGCACACUCAGAAGGAUAACAUUGCUUCUCAACAGGAGAUCAGUCCAGACCUUUGAACAGCUGAUGGCUGACAUUUCGGAAGCUCUGGGAUUUCCACGCUGGAAGAAUGACCGUGUGAGAAAGCUUUAUAAUCUGAGAGGGAGAGAAAUCCGAAGUGUUUCUGACUUCUUCAGGGAAGGUGAUGCAUUCAUAGCUAUGGGCAGGGAGCCCCUCACUUUGAAGAACCUGGAAGUGGUGUUACAAGAACUUUAUCCUGAAAAUCCUUAUGCUGCCAGUGCUGCCAUUCAGCAGAAUGAGGAGCAGUCCCAAAAACUGAAGAGCAGGCUGUAUGACAAGGCUUCAAAAGUGGACAGUGGCUUUGAUGAGACCGAAAUUACCAAGAACUGCAGCAAUAGCAUGUCUCCCAAACUGGUAGCUGGACAUGAAGGAAAAAGUCAAGCCAAAACAAAGCAUGAGGAAAAAAUGAGAACCAAAAAAAAGUGGACUAGAGAGAGCUGGGGUAGCGAGCAAGGAGUGAAGACUUCUAGAAAAACCCGAGAAAGCGAGAGAUACCUUAACCAUGAGAGGAGUUCUGAGGAUGGAUUAGAAGAGAGUUCAGAGGAGGUGGUGAGGUGUGAGAAGUGUGAACAGGAAAGGCAGGCCAGGCAAAAGUUACAAAGGGAAAGGCAGGCUGAGGCCUCAUUUGAGAACAGAGAUCUGAACUCAGGCGCAUGUCAGAGGUACCAUGUAGAAAGAAAUGCAAAAAUCAGGAAUUGCCGAAAAUCCUCAGAAACUUGUCUGGAAGGCGAGGAAGUUGGUUGGAAAGAUAGUGGCUGUAGGAGGACGUGGAAGCCCCUACACAGGAAUGUUAAUGAAGGGCUGGAGAAGCAUAAAAGGAGCAUUGAGAAGGAAAGGGAUGUGGAGAAACAUGAAAACCAUGGGAAGGAAGUAAUAAAAAUCAAGAAGAAUGCUGUAGAGGGGCUGCAGCUGACUCAUGAAGCAAAGGAAGAGAAUGGAAGUAGCUGUGUAAUGAACCAAAGUGGUUGGCUAAAGAAGGACACUCCAAGGGAUGCUGAGAAACCAUCUAAAACACAUAGGGAGGGCAGAGAGGGGCAAAGGUCUAAAGAAGAGAGUGCCAGAAGAGAGGGGAAUAUCACAUGUAGAGAGAGUGACAUGACACGACGAGAAAAAACAGGGGACCGCAGAGUGAAUAAAGAAGAAAACAAGGCUCAGGGAUUGGAAAACACAAGUCGUAGGUAUGCCAUUAAAAACAGGACCGAUGUGGAAAAACACUAUGAGAUUGGCAGAACUAUUGGGGAUGGGAACUUUGCAGUGGUGAAGGAAUGUCGCCACUGUGAUACCAAUCAGAUCUAUGCCAUGAAAAUUGUUGAUAAAUCCAAGCUGAAGGGGAAAGAGGACAUGAUGGAAAGUGAAAUUCUGAUCAUCAGGAGUCUCUCUCAUCCCAAUAUAGUAAGCUUAAUUGAAGUGUAUGAGACAGAAGCUGAGAUCUACCUUAUCCUAGAGUAUGUCCCAGGAGGGGACUUAUUUGAUGCAAUCAUAGAAAGUGUGAAGUUCACAGAGCAUGAUGCUGCUGUCAUGAUCACUGACCUGUGUGAAGCACUGGUUUAUAUUCACAGCAAGAACAUCGUCCACAGGGACCUCAAACCAGAGAAUCUUUUGGUUCAGCAUAAUGCAGAUAAAUCUACUACACUGAAACUAGCAGAUUUUGGCCUUGCAAAGCAGGUUACGAAGCCCAUAUUUACUGUGUGUGGAACACCAACGUAUGUUGCCCCUGAAAUACUUGCUGAGAAGGGCUAUGGGCUCGAAGUAGAUAUGUGGGCAGCCGGUGUGAUCCUUUAUAUUCUGCUCUGCGGUUUUCCCCCUUUUCGCAGUCAGGAACGUGAUCAGGAAGAACUGUUUCAGAUCAUACAGCUGGGUCACUAUGAAUUCCUUUCUCCAUAUUGGGAUAAUAUUUCUGCAGCAGCAAAAGACCUCAUAACCAGGCUGUUGAUAGUGGAUCCCCAUAAGCGCUACACAGCACGACAAGUACUUCAGCACCCUUGGAUCAGAACAGCUGGAAAAACUAACAGCAGAAAUUUGCAGAGAGAAGUGACAAUAAACAUUGAGCGUCAUUUCCGGGCCCAGCGCCGAAAGGAAGUUGCUGAUGAGGGCUCAUGAAAUCUCUUCAAGCUUGUUUAGUCUUCCUUUUCUUGUUUAACCAAGUUUAUGUUUUCUUUUCCAAAUGAAUUGGUCCUUUAGUGUAUAGCUGUUGCUGGCUAUCGCCAUGCCCUUUUUUUUUUUUUUUUAUUCUGAGAUUCUGAAGGACAGAGAUUAAGUUCAUAUCCACUUCCCUCUGAUGUUUCUUAGGAGUCUCUAUGUUGACAGCAGUGGGGACUAGAUAUUUCCUGGAGGGUAUCUAUUAUUUUUCGUUAAAUACUGAUUUGGAUUUUUACAUUACAAAACAUUUAUCUGAUUUAGAUGACAAAUGUUUGCUUCUGUGGCUGACCCUAGUGAUGACUCUUGUCUUGUUUUGUAUGAUAUCUUCCAGGAGUUUUUUGUUUAUAAUGUUUUGUAUUUAUAAUGUUUUCAAAAUAGCUGUCUGCAUACACAUCCUGCACUAAUUCUCUAAACUGUUUUUUCACCAAUUCCUGCUAGCAGUGGAGAAGGUGAAGGAAUAAUAAUAAAAAAAAAAGUAAAUAUAUUCUUUAACUGUAGGAUAUGUUAAACAGCAAGAUACUAUUUAUUAAAUUGUGAGGGAAUAAAAAUCCUUAUAGACUAAAUCAGAUAUUUUAUGAUAACUCCCUUGGCAACAUCUUUCUUUGGAUGUUUUCAGGGACAGGGUAGUAGAUGGUACAAUGUUUCUGUUAAACAACGGUGGUGCCGUGUAGUAUGGUAGUUUCAUUUGUUUAUGAGAAGAAGUGGGAAGAUAUCAUGGCUGAUACCUUUUCAAGACUGUAAUAAUAACUUUCAAAGAGCUCUUUUUCCUACUCUGGGAAGCAGAAGUUAAACAAUUCUAAGGCAACUUCAGUUCUUUUCCCAAAGGUGUAUUUAUGGAAUGAUAAGCUUUUUUUCAUACUGAUUUUUUCUUAGAAGCCAUCCACAUACAUCUGUGACUCUUCCAUGCUGAUGGAAAAUAGAAAGCUGGGAGGCUGCUUCUGUGACUUCAGUUAAUCCUCGGUUCCCCUUUCAUCAACACACUUCAUAGCUAAAUUGCUUUUAUAUGCUUUUGCAGUGUAGUUUAACAAUUGUUUGGGGUUUUUUUCCUUGUUGCCUUCCCUGGGGACUCUCGCCUUGCUUCCAUGAGAAUGGGCAAUGGGAUGAAAUUACAUUAAAAUUCAACUUGAGGAAAAACAACUUGUUUGCAAUGGAAAGGUCUCCCAGGGGAAGUGUCAGAUGCUUCAUUGCAUGGUUUUUUUAUAAUUUGAUUGGAUGCAGUUUUAAAGAAAUCCUGAGGGGAAAAAAUACAGUCCUGAGAAGGGCCAUGACCUAGAACAACAUUUGAAUCUCAGAAUUUUUGGUUAACUAACCAAAUCCAGAAAGCACUUGAGUUGUCUGUUUUAUAAUGCUUUAUUCAUGAGUUACAUGUACUAGCAAAUAAUAUUGAUGUUAAAACAUCAGUGGUAUUAGCAUUGAAUUCUUAGCUUUUAGAAAUGAAUGAGGGUAUUUUAAAUUGCAGAGCUGCUGCUCUGCCUGUGUAUUUCAUAAUGAGAAAUGUCAGAAGCAUUUCAGAAUCGAUAGAGCAUUUUAAUCGCUAUAUGAACCAGAAUAUUAUUUUUGGUGAGUGCUAGUAUUUUCUGUGAACUUACUGAAUUACCAAAAAGUAUGGAGUAUUGUCAUCAUGUUUCUGUUUCAACUUGUGACUGUUUUGCUACAAGAAUGAUAUAUGAAAGUAGAGACAACUUGACUUUUAAAGAAGAAUUGCACUUUCAUUUGAACUGGCUUAUUUUUAAUAUAUGCUGGAAUAAGACUUUCUGUGGAGUUCAAGAAUUUGUGAAACAAACCAGUCAAAUCUUUACUGUAUGCCCAAAUAGUAGAUAUAUGAUAUGUUAUACCUCUGCUUUAGAGGCCCUGAGUCAGGAAGACUUUCUUUUUUCCCUUUUUAAGUGCUUUCCUGAGUUAAGGCUAUGUGUAACCUAAUAUUCUAAAAAGCAUUAUGUGGUCUUUGAGUACUAGUAAUAACUUCUCUGUUAAUUUAAGUCUAUUUUGGAUAGGAAACUGUGGAAAAAUAGUUUCUGACUUGCAAUAUUAUAUUUUGUAAUUAUUUUAUUUUUAAUAUAGCCAUUUAGGAAUAAAGUUUGAAGUGGCAAAAAUAAUAUUUUAUCAGCAAUGAAUCUGACAGUUUGGAGAUUGUGCUACAAGUUGCCUUUUUCACCUUUAAGAACCUGUCUACAGCCUUAUUCAUAGUGCAGAAGAUAAGAGAAUUUGCUUGUAAUGAAUAUAAAUGUAGAGUUUUUUCAAAUAUUUCAUUUUUCUCUCAAGUUCUCUGGGUCCCAGACAGACUAAACAUGGCUGUGCUGUGUACUGUCACUGCAUUGCAUCUGUAAGUACAGACACUGCUGUGGCAGCGCUGAGGGACUGGUUUGUUGGUGUUGUUAAUAGACAUGUGGCAUUAUGCCCUCCUUCAGGUUGGAGGCUGUGAAAGCUUCCAGGUGCUUCUCAGGGUUUUUGCUUCUUUCUUUUUCUCUCCUAUUUAGAUACUGCUUCUUUUCUCCCAUUGCUUCCAGUGUUCUUGCUCUGCCCCCAUGCUACUCUUAAGGGGUCCAUGUCUCUAGUCUUUUAUGGUUUAAGUUGCUUGAAGCAGUGAGAACACAUACAAUUCUGGAGAGCUCAGCCUCAAGCAUUGAUGCUGAUGCUGAAGGUUAAAGGAUUAGAGAGGUCUCAGACAAAAAAAAUGGUGAAAACCCCUUAUUGGUCUCAAAGAGGUUCCCUCAUCUCUUACUGUCUUUUCUCGAUCUUUUCCCAGUGUAUGAUAUUCCAACACAGACCUGAUCUUUAUCCCUCUGUUAGACAGUUUCUAAACAAAAUUCAUACUCUAGAGGUGAGGAUUUUUGCUGUUCUUAUUUCCUUUCCUGAGAUUUUUCUAGUGAUUACUGUCUUCCCUGGGUUCUGGAGUCAUCUUCCCCUUAUGCUUUCAUUUCUUGAUUGCUUCCAUUGUCUACAGGAGGUCUGAAGAAGCUCAAAGUUGUGGAAGAUUAAAGUCUCACAGAGAGCAGGUUCUUGCUGAUUUGCUAGGAAGAAGAAAUAUCCCUCCUUGCCCUUCAUUAAAUUUUUGUGGUUUAGACUCUCACAUGGCCAUAUAUUCCACUGAAAGUAAAACAAGCUAUGGUGUUCCUAGCUCUUUAGAUAAUUACAAUGAAGAAAGUCAGAAUAUACCAAAAAAACCUCAAACAACACCCCCC